GCACCAGCACCGCACUGCCCUGGGGGCUGUAGGCUGUGUCCCCCAGCACCCCGGCCAGGGCCCCCUCCAGCACCCGCUGCACCCGCCCUGCAUUAAACCUGCAGCCUUCCUCUGGCCACAUCCUGUAGGUGUUUUCCAGCUCACUACCAGCUGCAGCUAGACUGGGGACACGGUACCCUGCGACAUUGGCUUCUCCUCCUGGCCACCCCAAAAAUGCGCUGUGAGUGUCCAAAGCAAUGGAUGGAGAAAAGCUGAGUGAACCCUGCUGUGAGCUGCACAAAGGCCGGCCUCCUCCCCGCCUUCCUCCUCCGCCGUCCUCCCCAUGGCCCGCUCCUGCUCGGCCCGGCUGCAUGGCGAGGCGGCUGCCUUCACCGCUGCCCUCCGCUCCCUGGUCAACAACCCCCAGUUCAGUGAUGUGACGUUUGUGGUGGGCCGGGAGCAGCAGCCGGUGUUUGCACACCGCUGCGUGCUGGCAUGCCGCUGCCAGGCUUUCCGGGGGAUGCUGAUGAGCCACGAGGACCCCCCCAACAGUGUUCCACCCCAGGGACCCUUCGUCAUGGCUAACGUGCAGCCUGAAGUCUUCCUAGCUGUCAUCGAGUUCCUCUACACUAACAGUGUCACCCUCAACAGCCACAUCGUGCUGGAGGUGCUGACCUCAUCGGUGGAGUAUGGCCUGCAGGACCUGUGCAAGCUCUGUGUGGAGUUCAUCAAGGACACACUGAAUGUGGAGCAGGUCUGCGAGGCUCUGCAGGCUGCGGUGACCUAUGGGCAGGCGGACCUCCAGCAGCACUGCCUGGCGUUCAUUGAGAGCUACACCAUGGCAGUGGUGCGGACACAGGGCUUCCACGAGCUCUCUGACACGGUGCUGGCACGGGUGCUGCGCAGCGACCACCUGGCCGCAGAUGAGCUGGACCUGGUGCAGGCCGUGAGGGAGUGGGCGCACGUCAGCUCGGCCGUCCUGGAGCGCCCGGUGCCUGAGGUGGCCGCUCUGCCCGUGCAGGAGCUGCGCCUGCCCUUGCUGGCACCCAAUGAGCUGGCGAUGCUGGAGAGCCAAAACCAGCAGGACCUGCUCAUCCCAGUGAGUUGUGGGGUGCCCCGGAGCUUCUUGGGGACGUCAUGGGGCAGGAUUGGGGUACCCACACUGAUGUCCCCAUCCGGGCAGGUGGAUAGCAUUGCGGCAGCCUGGCGGUCCCAUGCGCUGCGGCGUGGAAGCGGGGUGCCCUCCCACCUCUGUCGGCCCCGUCACGGCACGCGGCCUCGCAACCACCACCGCCACCUGGACCCACACAACAAGUAGGGGCCGUGCCUCCCUCCUGCCCCCCCCCCCCGCCCCGAGUGGCCGUGCCCCCCUGCUAGGUGCUGGGCACUCCUGAAGCAGCAAUAAAGCGCUUUGUCCCCCCUUCACAAAUUCGGGGCAGGGUAGGAGGAUCAUCCCGGUGCAGGGCCCCGGGGCAGCCCAAGGACGGGGUGGGGGCACAGUACGAGACCCCUCCGACCCCGGCUUCAACCUUUUCCCAGCCAGGUCCCAUCAUUCCCUGGGGCAGUGCUGCCCUCAGCUGGCAGCAGGGCAGUACUGCAGGAGGCAGAGAGGGGGAAGGUGCUCAGCAGGGCAUGGGGCAGGCCCCAGACUCAUGCCCAGCAUUGCCUGGGCUGCAAAAUCCCCAUCAUCACCGCCGCCCCUCUUUGCACAGCCCACUGCACACACAGCUGUGUCUAUCUCAUCCCACCC